CAGAAGGACAACAGAAAGAGGAAAAGAGGCAAGUGGAGAAUCAAAUAGAGAAGGAUAGGUGAAAAACACGAAAAGCGAAGAGGACAAUGCCAGGGCGCUCCUAAAAAUACACCUUCCACGUUCCUCCACCGUUUAUCCCGAGAGACCACAUUUCACCCUUCUCGAGAGCCCGAAUAAAUCGCGAUGAGUUCAGCCGGGGAUCUCUCGGAGAACGUGAAGAACUCGAGGCUGAUCGCGACAUGGCUGAUCGGAGGCGUGGUCGUGGGGGUCUCGGCCCUGGGCAUCUACUACUCGUUCCCUUUGGGGAGCUGGAAGAAAUUGCUGAAGCUGAAGAAGAACAACAAGCCGAUCCGCGUUUACAUGGACGGUUGCUUCGACAUGAUGCACUACGGCCACUGCAACGCCCUGCGCCAGGCCCGUGCCCUCGGGGAUCAGCUCGUCGUCGGCGUCGUCAGCGACGCCGAAAUUACCCUCAACAAAGGCCCGCCCGUCACUCCCCUCCACGAGAGGAUGAUUAUGGUCAGGGCUCUGAAGUGGGUGGACGAGGUGAUUCCUGAUGCACCUUAUGCUAUAACUGAAGAAUUCAUGAAGAAGCUCUUUGAUGAGUACAACAUAGAUUAUAUAAUUCACGGGGACGACCCAUGUCUUCUGCCUGAUGGCACUGAUGCUUAUGCCCUUGCGAAGAAGGCUGGCCGAUAUAAGCAGAUCAAGCGCACCGAAGGUGUUUCAAGCACUGACAUCGUUGGUCGUAUGCUUCUCUGUGUGAGGGAGAGGCCCUCUAGUGAAAGCCAGAAUCAUUCAUCGCUGCAAAGACAAUUCAGCCAUGGCCACAGCCAAAAAUCUGAAGAUGGUGGGUCUGGGAGUGGAACACGUAUUUCUCAUUUUCUACCUACAUCUCGCAGAAUUGUGCAAUUCUCCAAUGGGAAGGGACCUGGACCGGCUGCUCGUAUAGUUUAUAUAGACGGGGCAUUUGAUCUUUUUCAUGCUGGCCAUGUGGAGAUAUUGAGGCUUGCUCGGGGGCUUGGAGAUUUUCUACUUGUUGGGAUUCAUACUGACCAAACUGUCAGUGCUAAAAGAGGGGUGCACCGCCCAAUUAUGAAUCUUCACGAAAGGAGCUUGAGUGUUUUGGCUUGUCGAUAUGUAGAUGAGGUCAUAAUUGGUGCUCCAUUGGAAGUAUCAAGAGACAUGAUAACAACAUUUGAUAUUUCGUUAGUUGUUCAUGGAACAGUGGCAGAAGAUAGUGAUUUUCAGAAGGAAAAGGGCAACCCGUAUGAAGUCCCAAUUAGUAUGGGCAUAUUCGAAGUGUUGGAAAGCCCUUUGGAUAUCACAACUAGCACUAUAAUAAGGAGAAUCGUAUCAAAUCACGAGGCAUAUCAGAAACGGAAUGAGAAGAAGGCAGAAAGUGAGAGAAGGUAUUACGAGCAGAAGACUCAUGUCUCUGGGGAUUGAUUAAUUUGAGAAGAUUUGGUAUAUGUGCUUGGACAGUCUGAUUGUCCAUUUCACUAAUUUUACUUAGACUAGAGGAUCUGUUAUAGUUGUAUUGUCUAUGAUUAAUUGCUCGAAAUCCAGUUUUGAAUGUAAUGUCUAGCUGUGGAUCACACCUCACGGAUGGGAGUACCUCAAAAUACUAGGCCGAUAAGGAAAUCAUACUUAUGAAGGCGGGAUCUUUUAUUAUCUCUAUUAUAAAACAGAAGGGUGUGGAGACAAGUUGUUGAAA